GACAUGUGCUCUGCUGCCAGCCCGUCCCGGCGGAAGGAUCACUUAUGGUCAAGUCUCACAGGGAUAUGUGAUGAUCACAGGUCUCACCUAUCGCGAGAUAUCGCUCUUCCACCUGUCCUAGGUUGCCUGGCAGGGCACGUUUCACCUCUCGAGUGUGUCACGCCUGUAGUCUCCGCCCCCUCUGGCAUCACCUGGGGCUGGAAUGCUGGCCCGAUGCCAUUGGUGCAUAUAGAUGAACUUCAGAAUACAAAUCGGGGGCUAGAACACCAGAUUUUAUUCCUGACAGAGAACAAGGAGGCUGUAAGCAAUCAUGUGGACACCCUGACUCGGAAAAAUGAGCAACUCUGUGAAGAACUCACAGAAAUAGACAAGUUAGCAGAGCAGCUAGAGAAUGAGAAGCAACAGGCUCUGAAUGUAGCUGAGCAAAAGCUAGAAGAAGAACAGAAUGAAGUUAGACGACAACAAAAAAAUAUUGAGAACUUGGAGCUCACAAUCAAAACCAUAAAAUCAGACGCUGACAAUUCCAAAGAACAUUUACAAAAAGCUUUAACUGAACUGGAAGAAAAAAGUCAGGAAAACAGAACUAUUAGUCUUCUCUUUGAUCAACUGCAAGAAGAUAACAACAGACUGAGCAAGAAAAUUGAAAAAAUUGAGAAACAUGAGAAAAAGAGCAUUUUAGCAAGUGAGAAAAAUAAAGCAAUGUGUCCCUCUAAACUGGACUCAUUUGUCAAAAGUCUGGAGGCAGAAAGAGAUCACUACAAGAGGGAAACAGAACACUUGAGGAAGAUGCUUCGAGGUCGAAGUGGGAGUCCAACACGUAGUCCUUCCCGGCUUGAUUCUGGCGUCAAGAGAAGCAUUCGGGAACGAGAUGAGCUACAGAACAUGCUUACAAAGUACGAGCGCCACAUGGCAGAAAUCCAGGCUAACGUCAAAGUCCUAACAUCAGAGCGUGACAAAACCAAUGCACUUUAUGAGAGGGCUCAACAGGAAAUAACCCAUCUUAGAAGAGAGCUCAUGCGAUCCCCAAAGACCCCCAAAACCAGUGUAACAACUCAGAACAUCCUACGGCGUGUGGAGAGUGAGCGUGACAGAGCUAUGUCAGAUUUCCGUCGCAUGACCACAGAGCGAGACAGUCUGCGAGAGAGGCUAAAGAUUGCACAAGAAACAGCUAUCAGUGACAGAGCUCACCUGGAACAGAGAAUUGAGGAAUUACAAUCAACAAUUCAAACAAUGGAAAGUGAACGCGUGGACCAGAAGUCUAAACUAUCUCUGAUGAAGGACUCAAUGUCAUCUAUGGAAAAUGAAAUGAAAAUUCUUACUAGAAGAGCAGUGGAUAUGGAAAAUGAUCUGAGGCAGCAGAAAUCAGAGUGUGAUUCCAUGAGGUUGCUGAAUAACAAAACAGAAAACUCCUUGGAAGAGGCCCAACGACGGCUAUCACUGAAGCUGCAUGACCUGCUGUUGGCGCAGGAGACAAUUGUGAGACUAGAAGGAAAAAUUGAGGAAGAGUCUAACAGAAACCUUGUCCAUCAGGAAGAAAUUACAAUCCUCCAGAAAACCAUAGCUGAGCUGGACAAGGAGAAGGAUAACUUAUUAUACAGCAUGGACCAGAAAGCUGAGAAGAUUUCCUCACUUGAGGACAGCCUAGCAGUAAAAGAAAACAACAUACAGCGCAUGCUCAGAGAGAUGGAAGAAUCUGCACGGCAAUCAUCUAAAACUGUCAACAGUCAUGAGCAGGAGAUCAGCCGGCUACGUCGGCAGCUGGACGAGAUCAGCGAUGAAUUGUCUCGCACAGGGCGGGAAAAGGAGAUUGUAGUUCAGGAGAAUUCUGGUCUCUACGACCAGUUAUCCAAGAACAAGGUAGACAUACAGACAUUAACUCAUAAACUGAAAGACUCCCAGGAUGAACUUCAGGAUAGCAAGCUAAAACUCCAAGGUGCUAAGACAGAUAUUAUGCGCCAUGAAAGUUUAAUGGCUUCCAAAGAAAAAGAGAAUCGAGAUCUACUUGAAAAUUAUCGCAGAACGUCAUCUCAGGCAGAGAUGUGGGAGAGUAAGUUCCACCAAUUGGAGAAGGAGUUUAGCUCUGUAAAACUGGAACUCCUGGAUGCAGAGUCUGAGCAUUGGAGACUUAAAGAGAGAGUUGAUUCCUUAGACUUGGAGUGUGAAAAACACAUUAACUCAGAGCAGUCUUACAAGUCGCACAUCAGCAGCUUGACAAAAUCAGUUGGAAGGAUGGAGGAAGAGCUGCGACAGGCUAAAGCAGAGAAGUCUUCCGCCCUCAGUGAUCUGGCAUCUACACGGGAGCUUUGUGUUAAACUGGAUUCUGGGAAAGAAAUGAUAAACCGCCAACUAUGUGCUAAAACCCAAGACGUGGAAAGGCUUCAGCAGGAGCUAGAAUCCUCGUGCUCAGAGGUAGAACUCCUGAGGAAGCAAAUAGCCACAGAGAGAAUUACUGUAAAGAACCUGGAGGCACUUCUGGCAUCAAACCAAGAGAAAGAAUAUAAGUCGGAAGUACGGGUUCAGGAACUGGACUCAGAGCUCCAGCUGCUUGGAGACAGACUAAUGCUGGCAGAGAGCAAACUAGGAGCCCACAGCAGAGAGGCCGGACAUUUAAAAAACAAGAUUGCCCAACAAGAGGCUGAGCUUGAAAUCACUAGACGACACCUGUCUACAGAACGCUUUGAAAGAGAGCUUGCAGUAAAAGAACUUCGACGUCAAAAUUACCAGACAGCCUCAACAUUUGGUCGAUCUCUGAGUCCUUCCAGACUUUCACCUGAACAAUCAUUCCGCUCUCCUGAUCGCCACUCCAGAUCUACAGAAAAAUCCAUAGACAGGAGUCAUCUGUUUAGAGACUAUUAGACUGUGGAUUCUGAAACAGUGCUUUAUCACCUAGAAAAUGCCUUUGCAUAAAGCGACUUCAGUAUCAACUGUUAUUAAAGCAACGUCUCAUUGGCAGAUUUGCCAAUAAUUAUGGCAUGGAUGUGUUGGUAUUUCAUUUCACAGUUCUAUUGUUUUUCUUUUGCCCAUCACAGGACAGACACUGGAAAAUGGAGACACAACUGUUAGAAAUAAGCACAGAUUUCUCAAACACCAAGGGGAAAAUUUACUAAAGCUCGAUUUUAGUCGAUUUGCCAAUUUGUUUGUGAAAAAGCCGCAAUUUUGCAAAUUGCGAAUUUACUAAUGAUUCAUUUGCAUGGAAAUCACAUGUGAAAUGCGACUUCGCACUCCAAAUCGCUACAAAUCACCAUCGGCACAAACAUUGUCAAAAUAACAUUGGUGUCAGUGGAAAUCGCACAUUUACUAAGUAUUGUCUUUUCAAACGCGCAUGAAUUUGUACAAAAAUCACAUAAAAAUCGCAACUCAAUGCAUCUUGACAUGGAUAAAACAAUUUUUCACAUGAAAUGCCCCACCAAAAUUGCACCUCAAUACACCACUUCCAAAAAGCAACAAAGACACAAGUGAAAACGCUUGUUAAUGUAUUGUUCAGGCGAUUAGGGGCGAUAAGGGGUGAUUAAGGGCGAUUUGUAAUCUCACCCAAAAUCAAUUUCCCCCAAGUAUAGUUUUACCCAUUGUGACAUGCAGGGCUCUAUUUAUCAAGUGGUAAAGAGCUAUUUUUCCACAUGGCAAUAAACGUGUGUAUCACUGCUUCUCCAUAUUUUACUAAUGGAAAGGACAGUCAGGUAUAGGCCACUUACCAUAAAGCAUAUUCACAUAGGACCUGAUUCAGGUUGGAUCGCUAUUUGCGUUCCAACUGCAAAAAUUGCUAAAAGGAUGCGGGCGCAUGCGCAGGGACCCGCAUCCUUUUAGUAUUCAGGUCCUAUGGGGGUAAUUCAGGGAGAACGCCUCUGCCUGUCAAUCUUAUGUAUCUUAUCCCAGCCCUCAACAAAAAUGUGAAAUUGGCUCAGUAUCCUAUGCAAUUCCUAACAUGCCAUCAAGUGUGUAUACAUAGGCAGAAAGAAUGAUCGUGACUCAAGAAUCUGAAAGUGAAAGUAUAAUGUGACCAAAGACUUUGUUUACAAUAUACUUUUUCACCAUAGAAGUCCUUGAGCAUUGUCCCUUUUCUCUAUACAUGUAUAAUGACGCAAUUCACACCAGCCCACCUAGCGGCCACCUGCAUCUCCCCUCUGAGAGGUGGUGGUGGUGGUGGGGUUUGCAGGUUAGGGGGUGCUAGGCUGAAGCUUUAAGCAGGGUGCAGAGAGACCUAUCACCGGCCCUGAUGACAAUGUUAACCAAGUCCAUUUCUAUCUUUGUGGUAUUCAAUUUCCUUUCAGUGUGUUAGAAUUAUAUUUUUUAUAGUGUGUGUUUGGUUUGUUUUUACAUUUUUUUAAAUAAUAAAGUUAUAUUUUUAUUUGAUUUUUAUGUUUUCUUAGUUAUUUAAAUUAAAUUAUUUUGUAUUUUAUAUUGGAAAACAGAAAUGUACUUACCUGUUUGAUGUAUAAUAAAAUGUUACCUUUUGGCCAACUGGGGAAUGAUGGCUGCAGAGUUUAGCUACCUACUAGAGCAGCUACAGCAAAUGAAGAAAAAUGCUUCAACCUGGAGUGCAGAGCUGCACCAUGCUGAGGCCCCUUGUAAGUGGUACAUGGGCUGGACUGUACUGCACAUGAUCAGCAGAGAACGCUGCAGCGGGGCCAGAGUGGUGGGACUGGGAGGCUAGAGCCUGGUCCCUGCUCAUGUUUUCUUAUGAUGCACAGCAAUGCGCUCUGGUUGCUUUCCUUAGCUUAUAGCCCCCUGAUGCAGCUCCUGCAACAACUUCUGUGAUUUGUGCCUUUUGUUUGGGCCUAUUUUUAUCAUGUAUUUUUUAUUCAAUAAAAAAUGUUUAUUCUUA